AUGACUACGUCAAGGACUGCAGAAUGGAGCUGUGGGAUAUCUGGAAGCAGUUUGGAGGGACCCACGAAGAAGAAGACGACAGAGACGAGAAGAACGAUCUCUACUUCUUCACGCCGCUCAAGAGGCGAACCGCAACCGGGCAAAGAAUUGACCGUAGCGUCGGGUCCAACGGCGGGGCUUGGCAAGGGGAAGACUCCGGCAAGGAGUCGCAGACCCUCGACGGCGCCUUUUGUCGUACUUCCUUGUUGUAUGAGGUUUGCUGCAAGGAAUGAUGGGGGAUACGAGUGA